ACAGCCCAGGUUGUGGCACCGGGCAUUGCAGAGAACCCCGCUCCUGCCAGGGCUCUACAGCCAGCACUGACCAUGGGCUCCCUGUCCCCGUGGCUCUGAAGUUCUCCAUUCCCAAAGAGGGUUGUCUUUAAGAGAAAUGAUGGUUUUUUCGGGGAUAACGUUGGCCCUUCUUGUUCCAGGAGCUAAUCACUCAAACCUCUCAACAAGGAGACGGAGCUAUGCAGCUGAAUCCUGAUGGGAAACAGUGGACUUCUCUUACAAAGAUAGAAUCCUCUCUGUGUUACUUACUGACUGUAAGAGUCAUAAGAGCAAGAAACAUCCACCAGGCAGAUGUCUUGAGCCAAACUGAUUGCUAUGUGAGCCUGUGGCUGCCAACUGCUUCAAACGACAAAUUUCAGACCAAAGCCAUCAAGAAUUGCAAAGAUCCAGUCUGGAAUGAAACCUUCUACUUCAGGAUCCAAAGUCAGGUCAAGAAUGUGCUGGAGCUGGCACUCUAUGAUAAGGAUGUGGUUACUCGGGAUGACCACCUCUUCACAGUGUACUUUGACAUAGCCAAACUUUCCCUGGGAGAGGAAGUCUUCAUGCACUUCAAGUGUGAUUCACAGCGACAAGAGGAGUUGGAGAUGGGAUUUGUCUUGGAUAAUAUUUCAGGCCCUCCUGAAACCAUCAUUACUAAUGGAGUGCUAGUGGUAAGUGUUGUAUUUCAUCAUCUUUCUUGUCCUGUUGCCACACUUGUUUCACUUGACUCACAGUCAUCAGGACAACAUACUCCUUGACUGAGACAGCCAGCACUGAAACAUUGCCAUUUUCCACUUCAUCAUGACACAUCCUUGUGGAUGGCACCUCUGGAGAUGCUGUGCCUGGAACAGCAUGGAAAUCCCCCAUGCCAGCACCCUUUCAGGGUUGCAAAGGAAACACAUGGUUUAGGUCUGAGACAUCAGUGCAGCAGUGAAUGCUUCCUUAGACAUCACUCCUCCCAAAUUCCCAUAUUGCUGAAGUGAGAGGGUUUGUCCUGUCCCAUGCACAUAUAAUUUCCCACAUUCAAAACUGCUUU